ACGAGUUCGUAAGUCAAAACCCUAACUCCCAAACCUCAACCAGUCCUCCUUCCCCGACCUCUCCUCUCAAAACCCUCCAACAAAAAAAACGCAGAGCAUCUUGUAGUCGUAGUCGGAGGAUGGGUCUACCUGUAACAACCACCGGAGAACGGAGGAAGAAGAAGACGAACAAAAACCAAUCAGAAGAAGAACCAGAAACCUCCCCAGAAAUAUCUGUAAUGGUUUCUGCAGAGAAGAAGAAGAGGAAUAAGAAGAAGAAGCGCGAAGAAGCCGAUGACGGCGACGAAUUGCGAGCUGAAACUGAUGAAGGAGAAGACAUAGAAGAGGAGGAUGAGGAAGAGAGAGAAGAAAACGGUGGUGAAGAUGAGGAGGAGGUUGAGAAAAUUAAGAAGAAGAAGAAGGAGAGAGUGAAUAGUGGGAUUGGGAUUAUGAGUGAUCACUCUUUCUUUGGUUUACCUGUUUCUGAGCUUACCAAGGAUGCAAUUAAGGAUAUUGGGUUUAUUAAUAUGACUCAGAUUCAAGCAAGGUCCAUACCUCCUCUCUUGGAAGGAAAAGAUGUGCUUGGAGCUGCAAGGACUGGUUCUGGAAAGACCCUUGCCUUUCUUGUUCCAUCUGUGGAAUUGUUGCACCAGGCUCGAUUUACUUCUCGCAAUGGAGUUGGUGUUGUCAUUAUUUGUCCAACGAGGGAGCUUGCGAUACAGACACAUGCUGUUGCCAAAGACCUUCUGAAGAAUCAUUCACAAACCCUUGGCUUGGUGAUUGGUGGUGCAGGGCGAAGGGGGGAAGCAGAACGACUUGCCAAAGGUGUCAAUCUUUUAGUGGCAACACCUGGACGACUUCUUGACCAUCUUCAAAAUACUAAGGGAUUCGUAUUCAAGAACUUAAAGUGCUUGGUGAUUGAUGAAGCUGACAGGAUUCUUGAAGCUAAUUUUGAAGAGGAAAUGAGGCAGAUAUUAAAGAUUUUGCCAAAGGAACGGCAAACAGCUCUUUUCUCAGCCACCCAAACCAAGAAGGUGGAGGACCUUGCACGCUUGUCGUUGUCUAAACCUAUAUACGUUGAUGUGGAUGAGGGGAGGAGAAAGGUUACCAACGAAGGUCUACAACAGGGCUACUGUGUCAUUCCUAGUGCACAGAGACUUAUCCUUCUCUAUUCUUUCCUGAAGAGGAAUCUGUCUAAGAAAGUUAUGGUCUUCUUUUCUUCCUGCAACUCUGUUAAAUUUCAUUCCGAACUCCUGAGAUAUAUUCAGAUAGACUGCUUCGAUAUCCAUGGGAAGCAAAAGCAGACUAAGAGGACAACAACAUUUUUUGACUUUUGCAAAGCAGAAAAAGGCAUACUUUUAUGCACUGAUGUUGCUGCUCGUGGACUUGAUAUUCCCUCCGUGGAUUGGAUCGUGCAGUAUGAUCCACCAGAUGACCCAAAGGAAUAUAUUCAUAGGGUUGGACGAACAGCUCGUGGGGAAGGUGCCAAGGGAAAUGCUUUGCUUUUCCUGAUUCCAGAAGAGUUGCAGUUCCUCGGUUAUUUAAAGAGUGAGAAGGUUCCUGUUAAAGAGUACGAGUUCGAUACAAAGAAGCUGGCAAAUGUGCAGUCUCAUCUGGAGAAAUUAGUAACAAAUAAUUAUUACUUGAACAAGUCAGCUAAAGAGGCAUACAGGGCCUACAUAUUGUCUUAUAAUUCGCAUUCCAUGAAGGAUGUUUUCAAUGUUCACAAACUUGAUUUGCAGGCGGUAGCUACUUCAUUCUGCUUUUCUUCCCCACCAAAGGUGGAUAUUAAAUUAGACAGCAAUGCGUCGAAAUUCAGGAAGAAGAGUCGUAAAAUUGAAGGGAGGUUCAACGAAAGCAAUCCUUACGGGAAGCGAGGUGGAGAUGAUUCUAGGCAAUUUGUUAGGAAUUUUGUAGACGUCGUACCAAAAGUAGAGAUGUUGCAGCUACUUUUUGGAGCAGUCCUUUCAGUAGCGACGUGGUGUUGUCCGAAUUCUUCGAGAUUUUUUAAGUUUUAGGAGAAAAUGGUCAAUCUGAUUCUUCAAAGUAUAUAAUUUCUCCGUUCCGGAAAUAUUACACCAUUGGUUUUUUGCACUAUUUGACUAUGACUUUGGGUAUUUUUUGCGAUUCGUAGGUAAAGAAAUUUUAGUUAUGUGGGGUCCUGUUAAAUUCGUAAUAUAUUUUCUAAAUGUUACUCCAUCAGUUUCUUUUUAUUUAUUACGUAUUCUUUUUAGGAUGUUUCA